AUGCCCAUGAAUAUCAUCAACCUCCUUGUCGAGACGAGCGUUUCUCGUUCUACUAUCGUGCGCCCACUUCCUCGCGAUGAGCUUGUCACGGAUCUGCCGGAGUUGGUCCUCGAGAACGUCAUUGAAAGCGUAGGCGAUAUCGACAUUGGACGGUGUAUGUUGUCUUUCGCGAGUGGGCGACCAUUACCUAUGGAUGAUGGGUUGAACCUAGGGGACUUGGUCGAUUGGAAAUCCAGCGCGGACGGUCUCGACGCGGAGGUGAAUGAGAAUACGAACGGAACAGACUACCUCCGCCUCCGCCUCACACCCCACCUCCCCGGCGGUAAAGGCGGCUUCGGCUCCCAACUCCGUGCAGCAGGCGGUCGAAUGUCUUCCCAACCCACCAAUAACUCCGCCUGCCGCGACCUCUCCGGUCGUCGUCUCCGUUCCAUUCAGGAAGCCGAGGAACUCGCACGGUAUGAACGCGAGCGACCGAAAAGGGAGAGGGAGGAGAAGAAGAGGAGGCGGGAGAGGCUGGAGGGAAAGAUUAGGACUGUGGAGAGGGAGGAGGAGCAGGGGGCAGUAGGGGCUGGGAGGAGGAUGGAGGUGGGGAAGUGGGAGGAGGAGAGGGAGGGGUUGGUUGAGAGGGUCAGGAGCUCGGUGAAGGAAGCGCUACGGGAAGCCAAGUUGGCGAAACAAAACUCCUCGGAGCGAGAUUCAACUAGCCCGGGAGAAGAAGACGAACAGGAUGAUGUGGGUGAGGGCAGUUCGAGUGCGAAAGUGACACGGCCUGUUCCAGCGCCGAAGGCAGUGCAGAAGAAGCCCAUUGCGUUCGCGGGGUGGGAUGACGAAGACGAAGACGAAGACGAUAGCGAGGAGGAGGAUGAAGAGGAAGAGGAGGAACCAGCGGCGAAGAAGUGGAAGAAGGAUGCGAAGGGGAAAGGGAAGGCUAAGGCUUGA